AUGAACCGUGGCCGCAACGUGGGAGAGGGAGGGCGGCGCCAUGCCUCGCGUGGUGACCGGUGGCGUGUCUCCUACGAGGCAGUGUCGUGGUCGUUUUCUCCAGAGAUGGAGACAGGCUCUCCAGGAGAUUGUGGGGCCUCGCGGGCCAAGCGUGGCUUCGCUGCUGGACUGUUUCGCAGGCGCCCACAGCCUCCGCCACCUGACGACCCGCCAGACAACGCCUGCGACAUCGAUCUGAAUGCGGACCUCAUAGACGUCAAGGGUGCACUGGAUGCGGUUCUGUGCUAUGAGUUUGCCACUGGAUUCCACGUUUCUUGUCAUGAGGAUAGUGAUGGCGAUGACCAAGCAUCGACUUCCUGGAUCGGUUCCGCUGAUGCCGAGGAGGAGGGAGAGCGAAAGUCGGAUGAUGCUUAUGCGGUCCAGUGUCGCGCUGGCAGUCUAUCCCUGUCCUCGCCGGUUUCCUCUGCCCGGAGCGAGUCAGACUUGGAUGGCUCUGACUUGACCGAUUUGUCAUCAUCCACUUCAGGAUCCAUUGCUCUACCCCGAACACCGCCGCCGCUGUCGUACGCGGGUACUAUGGGCCAGGAGAAAUCCGCGGACGACAAGGCAGAGCACCAGCGUGGUUUAGAUCGUACGCCAUUUUUACGGACCGCUUCACCUGCUCGUGCCGGUAGACUCAACGCGCAGGCGACGACCUUCGUUCCGAGUCCCAAGCGGCCUGGCACCUCUGCUCCCAAGGAGUUUGUCUUCCCAACGCUCAACCCCGUCUCGUCAACGUCGACUGGGGAGUCUUCCUCCACACGAGUUCCUUCUCCCUUCGAUGCUGGCUUCGUGUUCCCUGCUGGUUCCGGCCUGGACGCCCCUGCUGUGCCAGUGAUCCGGAUGGCAAAAGACGAGCAAGGAUUCUACAGUGCAGCGGAUGUCGAGCAUGGGUCUUCAUCUGUGCGCACUGGGGACAAAAGUCGACGUACGACGCGUCCGGCCAUGUCGAGCACUCGUAGUAUUGUGGACCGACUUCGAUUGGCUGGGCGGGCCGCGGAAGCUCUCUCGCCUGGUUCUAUGUUGUCUCCGUUGCCUAGUGUGUCGGCGCUCCCUGAAGCCACCAUUCGAUCUGCAAGCCGUCCUUCGAUCUCGAUCUCAGUGUCGGACUACAGCGACGACCGUGAGAAAGAGGAUGACUCUGGUGGAUGGAUUGGGCUCGACACUGCUACCGAUCAGCACAGUGCUGGUGCUGAUGAAAAUCGAUCUGCGCGAACGAGAGAUCUGUUCCGUGCGCUUGCCGGUCGACGCAGCCGCUCGACUCCUCCGGGUGCCUCGAGCACGACUGAAGUGAAGCCGGUGAUUGUCAAGGACGAUGAUGGAUGGAUCGAGGGCGCUGCCUUGGUUGUUCCUGAGAAGCACGCACCCAAGGGCAAAGGGGGUGGGCCAAAGCGGAGCUCCGUUGAUAUAGGCGCCGAGAAACCGGGGGCCCAGCAGAGGAAAGAGGGGAGAUCAGCUGCGACUGCUGCUGCCAAAAGGGAUCAUCGGCCACCGACGCAUGCGAAAUCCAGUUCGUACUCGUACCCCACGCUGCGCCCAGUGUACCCUCCCCACGGCUAUUACUGCAAUCCGCCUAGCAUACAUGUGCCCGGGGCACCCGUUCCAGUGCCGGUGCCGGUGAUGCCCCACCCUGUCGCUUACACGCAGGCCCAGAUGCAAGCUGCCGCCUAUAUGCAGAUGUACCAGCACCAUUACCACCACUCCGGCGCCGCGUAUCCGCCCGUUGUCGGCUAUGUUCCUUCUGCGAGAUGA